AUGUCGGCCAAGAAAAUGGACGAAGAUGAUGACGGGUUUGAUGACGUUGGUACGGUGGACCUGGAUCCUCCUAGUCAUAGCUAUACAAAGCCGGCUAGUUCGGUAAGAUUUUUCCUUUUAACUUUAUUUCUACCCUUCUACCGUCACUUUUACCUUUGCCUUUACCCCUAAUCUUAAUACGUAAAGGUUUUUCUUUCUAUUAAAAUGUCUUUUUUUUAGAAAAACCAGCUAAAACCCCGAGGGCCGCUUCAACGGCCGCUCACAGCGGUCAAAAGUGUGAAUACUCGAGCUUCUACAUCGUCGGCUUCUUCUCGAUCUACUUCUUCGACUACUGAUGGGCGAGUGAAUACUGCACAGAGUAUUCAAAGCAUGAACAGUACUAUUUCCAAUUUUUGUAAGUUGUCAAAAAAAAUUUUUUUUGUUUUUUUUUGUCAAUUUUAAGUCGUAUUGGCUUCUAAUUUUAAUAUUUUUUGAAUUUUAUAAAAGUUAAUGAUUGUCAACGUGCGCCCUACGAAAUAUUGAGUUCUGCAGCCUGCGCUUUGUUAUAGUAUAUAGCAGUUUGCCCUUGCUUAAUAUAAUAUACUAUGUAUUUGCAGCUAAAAAAUAUUAUUUUUUAAAAAAUUUCUUUUUAUUUUUUGAAAAUUUUUAUUUGUAAAAAAAAAUUUUUUUUGAAAUUUUGAAAUUUUUAAAAUUUCAAUGUUGACGUAGUAAACUUAUUUUUUAAAACUUCUGGAACAAGGUAAUUUUAAAUUUUAAAAUUCAAUAUUGUUGUUGAUUACUUAGUAUGUUGCGUGUUAGAAUGUGCACUUUAAACUUUCAAUUUUAAAAUUUUAAUUUUAUUAAAGAUGUUGUCUCACGCAAGAAUUCUUAAUCACAUGUUACAUGUUUAGGUAAUAUAAUUUUUAUAACACCGCUAACACGCGCCAUUCUUUUUGAAUCAAAUUUAAACUAUUUAAAAUUAUGAAAAAUGGCAAGAACUUUCUUUACAAAACAAAAAAUGGCAAGAACUUUCUUUACAAAACAAAAAAUGGCAAGAACUUUCUUUACAAAACGAAAAAUGGCAAAAAUUAACAAAUUUUGUUUUCGAAAUUUUAUUUUUUUACAAAUAUUGUUUUAGCCUCGGGCUCCGACGACUACUCAAUAUUCCUGCCAUCCACCAACUCUCCUCUAAUUCCAAAAAGCCAAAAACCUAACGGAAAUACAGUAUCCAUCACAGCACGCGGACGUCACAUGUCUCAAGAAGAUGGUCGAGGCCUGAGGCAGUCCAAUCCGACCUCGUUCAGUACGAGUACUCUCGACUUUUCCAACAUCAAUUUUACAAUGCGACGAGUGGAUAGUAAGGGCAGUCUACUGAGUAGCCAUUCGGCUUUGGCUAUGCGAAACAAAUGGCUGGACGAGAAGCUGAGUGAUGACAAAAACGAUGACAAGAACAAGACUUAUGAUAAUGAUGACAAAAAGCCACUAUUGACUGUUGGAAGCUUGGAAGAGAGGAAGACGAGUUUGCGUAAGUUUGGUAAGAAUAGCAAGAACUUUCUUUACAAAAUGAAAAAUGGCAAAAACUUUGUUUACAAGUCAAAAAAUUGCAAGAACUUUCUUUCCAGAACGAAAAAUGGCAAAAACUUCUUUUACAAAAUGAAAAAAGGGCGAGAUUUUUCUUUACAAACCAAAAAUGGCAAAAACUUCUUUUACAAAAUGAAAAAAGGGCGAGUGUUUCUUUACAAAUCAAAAAAUGGCAAAAACUUUCUUUACAAGACAAAAAAUGGCAAGAACUUUCUUUACAAGAUGAAAAUUAAAAAAAUUCUUGUUUUUAGAUGACACAGCGGAAGAAGAUGCUCUAGCUGUUCGAUUCAGAUCCAUGAAGACGAGCGUCUUGCCAAAACCUGAAGAAACGACUUCUGAAGGCGUGGCAACUGUAAGUUUUUUUCAAAUUCGAAAAAUUUUUUGGAUCAAAUCUCUCAUUGCGGGGCUUAAGCUGGGUCCCACGGGCAUUGAUUUGGGCCUCUGGGGCCUUGGUUUGGGUUUCUGGGGUUUUGUUUUGGGCCCUUUAUGUUUUGGUUUGAUCCUGUAGGGCCUUGGUUUGGGUUUCUUGGAUCUUGGUUUGUGCCUCUGGGGCCUCGUUUUGGUCCCAUUUCGUUUGAGCUUUUAAUGCCUUGGUUCGGGCCUUUAGGGCCUUGGUUUGGGCCUUUGGUGCCUUGGUUUGAGCUUGUGGGGUCUUGGUUUAGGUCUUUGGGGCCUUCGCUUGGGCUUAUGAUUCUUGGCUUUGGACCUCUGGGGCUUUGGUUUGGGCUUCUUGGGUUUUUGUUUGGGCUUUUGAUACCUUGCUUUGGGCCUUUGGGGCCUUGGUUUGGUCCUCUGGGGCCUUGGUUUGGGUAUCUGGAAUCUUGGUUUGAUCCCGGCCUUCAGGACAACAUGUGCUGUCUCGGAGCCUUUCAAGUUCCUUUUGGCCUCGGCUUAGUAGUCUUCUUUUCAAGUCUAAUUGAAUGUCAACUACCUUUAUAUUAUCCAUGUGGCAGAAAAUUAAAAACUUUUCUCUCUUCCUUUUGUUACUUUAUUCAAAUUUUCUCAAUUUUAGUCUUCAAAAAAGCCAGGACCAUGCAGAUGGAAGUCAAAGGACGACUGCGAAUAUGUGCCUCCAUCUCGACCGGUCAGUCAAUAUCUGGGCGAAUUGGUUUGGCAAGUGGACCCGGUCGUAUAUUGUGGUAGUGUGAAAGCGGUCCAGAACCUGAAUUUACUCUGUCGAUUGAACAUCGAAUACAUUGUGGAUUUGACAGGAGAUGAGGAGGAACAGCUGGCUAGGUAUACAAGGUGUGGCAUUUUUUAAUUUUUUGUUGUUUUAGGUAACAUGAGUGUUUUAGUGAGAUUUCCGGUGGCAAAGUCCACUUUUUGACCUAGUUAUGUUACUAAUUUUAAAUUCCAGACCUCGUCAAGACUACCCAUGUAUAUGUUCUCGUAAAACAGCCCACAGUCGAUGGACAGUCUGUAUCAACAUACGAGAUGAAUCACCUCCAAACACAUCACGUCGUAUGAUGGAUGAUGAAGAUAGUGCUGAAGCCGAGGUGAUAGCAUCGUAUUUUAAAGAGGUGGUGGAAGUGAUACGAAGAGCACGAUUGGCCAAUAAGUAAGGUUUUGUUGGGGGGGGUAUGGUUCAAAAAUUUUUUUGAAAAAAAGUAGGAUUUGCCUCCUCCCUCAUUCUUUUUAGAAAAAAAAAAAUUUUUUUUUAGAAAAAAAAUCCCUUCUCCCCCCCCCCAUCUUAAAAAUUACCCCGCCUAGCCCAGAAAUUCAAACAAAAUAUGUAGAUUACAAAUGUAAAACAAUAUUAGAUUAGACUAUAAUGAGCAUUACUUUUAGAGCAGUGUUGAUUUACUCAGUAAAAGGCCGAAACCGUGCGCCAGCCUUCGCCGCCGCUUACAUUAUGGAUCUUCAACGUUGUACUCGGGUCCAGGCAUUAGCUCAGAUUGCCGAGAGGGUAGGGGUUUUUUAUUUUUUGGGCGUGGCAAGGUAUUUUAGAGUAGGGUAGGAUAAGAUAGGAUUAUCUUUUAGGCAGGGUAGCUUAGAAAGGGUAGAAUACUGUAGGGUACGGUAUGGUAGAGUAGGGUAAUUUAGAGUAGGAUAGGAUAGGGUAGGGUAGAGUGGAGUAGGAUAGGAUAAUGUAGGGUACAGUAAAGUAACAGCAUGGUAGAGUAGGGUAGGAUUAUUUUUUAAAAAUUUUUGUUUAUAUUACCCAUGCCAUUCCUUCUAUUCCAGAUGUCGAAGACCCGGCCCGGACUCGACGUGUCCAACGUUCUUCACCGUGCCCUCAUGAAGUUCCAAUACUCGAUGGGGAUCCGUGCCAACGAAAACGUUCUCACCCCACAAACCGCCGAUGUUUUCACGGUGAAACGCAAAACCGCCUGGGAUUAG